UUGUGGAAACUCGAUCUCGCAGGUCGCGGUCGGUGAAGUCAACCGCGCCGGCGACACGAAGGAAAGCGUAGAAUUUUGCACAUGGAUUCCCAGACGCAGAACACGUCGUUGCAGAGGCUUCAAAAUGUCGAGAAGAGAAUCGUUAGGGUUUUGGAAUUGGCGGGAGGAGUAAUGGACGAGCUUUCGAACCCUGCGGGGCCCAGAAAGGAGUUCGUCAACAACCAUUGCCGCGAAUUCAUGCAAUUGAUCAAGGAUAUCCAAGUGUCAUUGAGGGAAGAAAUCAAAAGCGCAUGUGAUUAUCGUCCCUUCGAGAAGUGCGAUUACAGUUCCAGAAUAGCCAAUGAGAUCUGUUGCAAGAAACUGGAAUAUGUUAUCUCUCAGUUGGAUGGGAUGAAACAAACCAUUGAUGAAUAUCAUGCUGCAAUUUAAAGAUGUAGGAAAGAGAACAGAAGAAGUAGCUAGAGCUUUUGAUUUUUACUUGGAGUAUAGAGACAGAGGUUCCGGGGGUUUAAUCCCAUGAGGUGCUUGGAUUACUUUCUUUGGUGUAGAAAUAGAGAUGAUAUUUGGAUCUGCUUAUGUAAUCUUGAUCCCUAUAGCUUUAUCACAUCCUAAGUAUUUUGGUUUUAUUAUA